AUGAUGGGACAGGCGGCUGUGAUAGGCUGGUUGUCCAAGGCAUGUCGAGGUGAGGAGUUCACUGAAGAGGAGCUCAAGGUAGGUAAUAUGGUAAGAACGGGUGUUGUACCGCUUAUUGAGGAUGAGGGCUGGGACCCUGGAAUGGAACUGCAGAACCAGCUUUUUCCUCCAGCUCCCACGGUUGUCAAAGAGCUAGAUACCGCCGAGUCAACGGUUACUGGAGCACCUGUCAACUGCAGCUGGAUGUACUUCGACUUCUCAGCAUCGUCCUUAAAGUCACUAAAGCACCUCGCAACAACCACACUUCCCCAAGACUCCACCAGCUUCAUAUCAACCGACGACGCCCUCUCCGCUUUCAUCUUCCUCUCCGUUCUACGCGCAAGACAAACACGCCUACCCCCUAACAUAUCAACGACCUUCGCACGAGCUGUGGAUGCCAGACGCUACCUCAACAUCCACCCCAACUACCCCGGCAUACUCCAAAACAUGACAUACACCACCUACACACUAUCCACCCUCCUCUCCACUCCUCUCGGCCACAUCGCCGCCACCAUGCGCCAAUCCAUCGACCCCAAAACCUCAGACCUCGCACGGCGAACACGCUCUCUCGCCACGUUCCUCGCCCAAUCACCAGCCAAUGCAGCGAAAACGAGUCCGACAGCUACCCUCGAUAUGAGCGUUGAUAUUGCGCUUAGCUCGUGGACCAAAGUACCGGCUUAUGAGUGGGAUUUUGGACUUGGGCUGGGUCCUGCGGUUGCUGUCCGCAGACCGGGCUUUGUGCCUGUAGAGGGACUGAUGUAUUUGAUGCCGAAGAGUAGGGAUGGGAGUGUGGCUGUUGCCAUGUGUUUGCGAGAGGAGGAUUUGGGUUGUCUGAGAAGGGAUGGGGAGUGGGAGAGGGUGGCUAGGUGUAUUGGUUGA